AUGAUUCAACAACGGCAUAAUCGAAUAGCAGUAAUUAACUUCUCUCAGAAGCGAAAGGCAUCGCCUUCUGAGGAACUAUCUGAUUAUGCCCGUGCACGAGCUCGACCACCGUCGAAGACCCACAUCCAGAAAAAUAUUGAUAUAGUGAAGCCUGCUUCAAUGACGCCAACUACUGAGAAACAAGAAAUGAACGAGGAAGGACAAGAACCACCACCGAUGAACGCACCUCGUGAUCCUAAUAUCUCCGAUGAAGUAUGGGAUCAGCUGCAGUUAGACAAGGCAGCAGCAAGAUUUCAUCAGGAGGGAAUUAACAGCCUUCACAAGAUCACUGCUCGCCUGAGGUCGGAAGCUACAAAAUAUGAGUCAGUGAUUCGGCAAGCUGAUUCUGACUCUCAAGAAUCCGAAUGCCAGCAGAAGCUGACUAAAGUACGCCAGCUGCUGGAGAAAUUCCAAGAAUCGCUGGCAGAGAAGGAGAAAGCAGCCCAGGAAGAAAGGGAUAUUCAAGAGCGCCUCAAAGAGCUGGGAAACUGUCCCUUUGGGUAUGAGUGGAUUAGACAGCGCGAUGGUUAUCGCGUUUGGAAAGUUGUUAUCCUCAUCAGACUGGCAGUAUCUGGAAUUUGGCAUUCUGGUGCUGCAGAUUUGGGAAACUUGAUUGGAACAGUCAUGAGAUUGAAGAAGGAUUUCCAGUCCACUUCCUAUACAGUGCAAAUAUCCGGCGCCGUAAUGUUUGCAGAUCCGGACCAGGGCGAAGUUAACGCUUUUACAGAGAAACAGCUCGGCGUAUUCAAGCCCAUCCCUACUUGGUGCCUCACUCAACUUUUCACCGGGCGCCCAGGACACUCCAUCCAUCCCACCGGGAUGACAAAGGCGAUCAAACUGAGCCUCCAACGUGGAAAUGUUGGAGAACGCCCUCGUAUUCCUCUUGGUGACCCACAUACUGGCCCCAAGGGAUUGAGUUCGAGUUAUUCCCACUUAAUGAUACUUACACUGAACGUGGAAGUGAUGUUCGCAUGGGUAUCGGGAAGGAUCGCAGGAUUCGGCGAGGUUUCUCUUGGUUAA